AUGACAUCCUCGACUACUGUCAACGGUGGAGGAGAGCCAUCUACGAAACGACCUCGAUUGGCUGAUAAUGGAGCUGGAAGUGAAGAUGGUCAACCGACAUGCAAGAUGGCAUAUCUUGGACCACCAGGCACAUACGGCCAGAUGGCAGCAGCUGCAUUCCAAUCAUGCUACGAUGUGCCCAUCGAAUUGGUACCUUGUCCAAGUAUAUCUGCGAUUUGGGAAACCUCAUCUACGUUCCAUGUCUUUCCAUUGGAAAAUACGAUACAUGGUGGAGUAACUGAAACUCUGGAUUGCGUGUUAUCCAAUCUGUAUUCGGGCGGUAGCUCUGUACAGACGGACGAAGAGAAGCAGGGCAGAAGGAUAAUAGCAGAUCUGGCUUUACCUAUAAGCCACUGCCUGGUUGUGAAAAAGGGAGUAAAAAAGGAGGAUAUAAGGUGGAUAAGAAGUCAUGAGCAGGCACUAGGUCAAUCAUCCAAAUUCAUAAAAACCCACUUCCCUUCAGCCAAAUUGAAAACCUACCCAUCCACCGCAGGAGCAGCUGUAUCGCUGAUCAACGAUCUAAAUGAAGAUGAGGGUGAAGGAGCGGCAUUAUGCUCUAAAGCCGCUGCUAAGCUUUAUGAAGAUAAGUUGGAUGUUCUGUUUCAAAGUACUCAGGGGAUCAGUAAUAACUUCACACGAUUCAUCCUUCUAUCGAAUCCAACCCAUCAGGUGCCAAUACCAACUACAUCCAUCACCUCUCCGCGCCCUACAGAAUUCUACGUAUUACCCUCGGCAAGCGAUAUCAUACCGUUCUUCCAAUCCUCUCAGAUACGCAAUAUGCAUUCACGCCCUGCUUCGAUCCCUUCGACGCCUAUAUCAGAUGAAGACGAAUCUCAGCGGAAGGACGGAGUUUGGACGUAUAGAGAAGACAGGUUUCCUACUUUGUACUUCGUAGAAGUGGACGUGGACGGGAUGGGUUUUCAGGGAAAAGAUAGUCAGAUCAGUAAGAAAGGUAAAGAGAAAGGGUGGUAUAUCGGUAAAGCAGGGUGGAGAGUGACGGAUGAUCAGAUCAAUGCAUUGUAG